UAAUCCUGUCACAUUGGAACUUUUUGUCAUGUCCUAAGAUUUUAUUAUUUCAUUUUGCGUUUAUUUAUGUUAUGUUGCCGUCAAAUUUGGAAAGACAGUGUUGAGUCCUCAAAAAUGAGCGGGGAAUAUUUUGUUGAAGACAGCACCAAAUUAUACCAGGAUUACAUCGAAGAAAAAAAUCAAUUGUCGGCCAAAGCAAUCAGAAAGGAUGAUAGCCAGGAGAAACUGCAAGACAUCGAGGAUCAGAUUGAGUUGGCUGAAACUAGAUGCAACACGCUUAAGGGGCAGUUGGAUUACAUGAAGAACUUGUAUGGGCCUGCUACUAAGCAUCAGAAGAGCAGAAAAUACUCCAAUGCUUCUGUGAAGAGAAGAGAAGGUACGAAUGAUUCCGCCAUUUCCAUCGAUGUACAUCUGGAAAACUAUGGAGAAUGCAGAAGUGAAUCCGCCAGACAAACAACGAAUGAUCCGACCAAAGAUAUUCACUCAAUUAUAAAUGGUAUUACGAACUCUGUGAACCGAUUGUCUGACUUGCACUUGCAAAUUGCGGAAACUCCUAAGAGUAAGCGUGGUGAAAGCGCUCGAAGAAAUAGAUUUGACUUGCAUGCUGAUGGCUCUCAUGUUACUAAUGUCGAAAUUAAAGCAGCCAAAAUGGAUAACGCGCCGUACUACGAGCAAGUGCCUUUGGAAGUAAACAAAUCCAGCCAUCUCACAAAGAAAAUUUCGAAAAAUAUCAGGAAAAAACACGUUUCAGUUCCUUUCGAUGCAAGGGUGAAAAAGUUCCCGAGUAGCUUCGCAGUCCCAACCAAAAGCGCUUCUGGGACUAUUUACAAAAAAAAGUCUAGGAGUCAAAAUCCACCUUUGACUGACAAUUUGGUGGAAAUCUAUCACAACCAGGCAGCGAAAGAGACUGAUUCUGAACAUUCGGGUCGUGGAAAAUUCAAACGAAAAUCCAAAACCAGCCGGUCUGAAUAUAUUUCAGAUAUCCCACCUUUAUCUUUAAAUGUCCCCGAUGAUAAUCAAUGGAAUGUGAGAAAAGUUCAACCAUCAAAGAUGGAUUAUAGCAACAUUAAAACUGUUAAUGAUGCUAAGAAUGAGCUUAGGGAUUCUAGUUAUCAACUUCCAACAAUCGCAUCGAAGAUGAAACAGGUGGCCAAAUGUUACUUUAACGCUUUCAAUUUUAAAGCGAUACCGUUUUGUCCAGCCGCAUCAACAUCGCCCAGUCAUAACAUUGGGAUCAAUCUGCAACAGGUGAUGAGUAUGAUGAAAACCAAGCAACCGUUUCAAGGUUUAUCGCCAACUUUGGCUCAUAACAUCGGUUUGGCAGCCGAAAGGCUGAACAGCCGGCCAGCUUCCAUGCUAGUCACCACGAUGACGUCGAGAACAGCAACAUGCAGUUCCUUUCUGCGCACCAGCUCUUGUCCUCUGUCGAAGAACCGCAUGAACUACCAGCACCUCCAAGAAAUGGCGAAACGCAUCCCGGAAGAAGACAUCAUCAUGGAGGGGGAGGAGGAAACCAGGGAGGUGCCUGCAAUGAAAACCACGUACAUUACGGGACCUUCCGGCGACAUGAAAAUCGAGAGCAAAAACGAUCCGGUAUGGGCUGCCGACGCGGACAAUUUAAGAAAAUGCACCUGCGUCAACUUAUGUGGCCCCGAUUUGAACCAAAUGGUCAACAAGUUUCAAAUCAGUCAACCACCCAACUCGGCUCAAAGCCAAGUGCAGAGAUUACCCAAGUACAAGAGUAACUUGACCAAGAAGAAGCCCAGGCCUAUUAAGAUGGCUUUGGUGACCAAAAACAACGGGGUUAUCACCAACAACAACGGCAACGUUGUGGAAGAAGCCGAUGAAACUCCUCAGGUGCCGAUACACAUCAAACAAAAAACUUUGAAGGGCGUCCUGACAAACCUACACAAAGAAUUCGACACGAUGAAUGGAAGAUACGAAGAGUUAUCCAAAAUGGGGGAGGCUAUGAACGAAGAAAACGUUAAGGAGCUUCAGCAACUCGAUGUAGAUCUUACCGCGAAAGAGGAAGAAAUCACGAUGGUUAUGUCGUUGUACAAGGAAGUUUUGGCUUUGAAACAGCAGGUGCAAACUUUAAAACAAAAAUCCAGCGUAGCUAGUGUCGGUGUGGCCCCAAAGAUGGCCGACUAUAAUAACCCCAAGGCCGCGUUUCAUCUGACAAAGCUUUUGAAGCAGAUUCAACUCUAUCAAAGCCAUUACAAGAAAGAUUUGCCAGUAAUCUAAAAAAUUUAAUGUAAUUACCUAGGGUAAUAAAUAAAUAAAAGUGCCUUGCAG